AUGGGGUGCUUCCGCUUUAGCAGCCUCACUGCUCUCAUCGGCACCUUUUUGGUCAGUCCGACAGCAACAUCAGUUGCGGCUGUUGCCGUUGCACCUCAAGCAAGUAGCAACGGUCUUUGUUACAGAUAUGUUGUCCAGGCUGGUGAAUCUUGUUCUGUGAUUGCUCAAGCACACUCUAUCACUGUGGCUGAUAUCGAAACCUACAACGCUCGAAGCUGGGCAUGGCAUGGAUGCGGACAGAUAUCGCAGGGUUCUUUCAUCUGCCUCAGUGCCGGAGAGCCCCCAAUGCCAGUUGCGCUUCCAAAUGCUGUUUGUGGGCCCCAGGUGCCUGGAACAACACGCCCCAACAGCUGGUCUGACUUGGGGUCUUUGAAUCCGUGUGCGGCCAAUGAAUGUUGCUCUUCGUGGGGUCUUUGUGGAACCACUUCGGACUUUUGCACUUCUGCUCAUGCCACUACAGCAUUAUCCAUAUCCACUGGCACCCAUCCCAAUAAAUGGACAACCACAUCGAAAAAGUCUACCACGUCUACUGGCACAACUAAAUCUAUACAGAAACUUGCGGCUAGCAGUGAGACCUCAUCCACCAGCAAGACCACAUCGACCAGUGCAACCAAGUCUGUCCCCACAGCUACGUCAACCACCACGACCACCAGGACUACUUCCACCAAAGCCACGACGACAAAGUCAACCAAAUCAUCCCAAACAAAACCAAGCACUAGCACCAAACCGGCAACUGUUAGUCCAUGGUCACUCACGAUGUACAGCAAGAAGGACUGCACGGGCGACUACUACGUCCUCCAAGGACACAAUGCGGGCUACUCGAACACAUGCCUGAACCUGCACGGAGGUCUAAGCAGCCAAUACACAGACACGGGUGUUUCCUGCAAAUGGUUUACAAACGGUGGCGACUCCAACACUAAGUGUGAUGCCGGCACCCUCGAGGCACCCCAAUCCUGGGUAGUUCUGGCUGGUAUCUGCACUGUAUAUGAUGUCAAAAAUUGUAAUCAUAGUGAUGGGUUUGCUAAUGCUUAUACGCCUGUGCUUGAGAAGCCUUGUCAGAAUCGGGCUAAAUUUGAUACGCCGAAGUUUCUUUCUAUGAAUUGUUAUACUGAAGGUUCAGGUUGA